CAUAACACUCGAACUACCACAUGGGAGAGACCACAGCCUUUGCCUCCAGGUUGGGAAAGAAGAGUUGAUGAUCGUGGGAGAGUUUAUUAUGUGGAUCAUAACACCAGAACAACAACGUGGCAGCGGCCUACCAUGGAAUCUGUUCGAAAUUUUGAACAGUGGCAAUCUCAGCGGAACCAGCUGCAGGGAGCUAUGCAACAGUUCAACCAGCGAUACCUCUAUUCGGCUUCAAUGUUAGCUGCAGAAAAUGACCCGUACGGACCUUUGCCACCAGGCUGGGAAAAAAGAGUGGAUUCAACAGACAGGGUGUACUUUGUGAAUCAUAACACAAAAACAACUCAGUGGGAAGACCCAAGAACUCAAGGUUUGCAGAAUGAAGAACCCUUGCCAGAAGGCUGGGAAAUAAGGUAUACUCGAGAAGGUGUUAGGUAUUUUGUUGAUCAUAACACAAGAACAACAACAUUCAAAGAUCCUCGCAAUGGGAAGUCAUCUGUAACUAAGGGUGGUCCACAGAUUGCUUAUGAGCGCAGCUUCAGGUGGAAACUUGCUCACUUCCGUUAUUUGUGCCAGUCUAAUGCACUACCCAGUCAUGUAAAGAUUAAUGUGUCCCGGCAGACAUUAUUUGAAGAUUCUUUCCAACAGAUUAUGGCAUUAAAACCUUACGAUUUGAGGAGGCGAUUAUAUGUAAUAUUUAGAGGAGAAGAAGGACUUGAUUAUGGUGGCCUAGCAAGAGAAUGGUUUUUCUUGCUUUCACAUGAAGUUUUGAACCCAAUGUAUUGCUUAUUUGAGUAUGCGGGCAAAAACAACUAUUGUCUACAGAUUAAUCCAGCAUCAACUAUUAAUCCAGACCAUCUUUCAUACUUCUGUUUCAUUGGUCGCUUUAUUGCAAUGGCACUAUUUCAUGGCAAGUUUAUUGAUACUGGUUUCUCUUUACCAUUCUACAAGCGCAUGCUAAGUAAAAAACUUACUAUUAAGGAUUUGGAAUCCAUUGAUACUGAAUUUUAUAACUCCCUUAUCUGGAUAAGAGAUAACAACAUUGAGGAAUGUGGCUUAGAAAUGUAUUUCUGUGUUGACAUGGAGAUUUUGGGUAAGGUCACUUCACAUGACCUGAAGUUGGGAGGUUCUAAUAUCCUGGUGACUGAGGAGAACAAAGAUGAAUAUAUUGGUUUAAUGACAGAAUGGCGUUUUUCUCGAGGAGUACAAGAACAGACCAAAGCUUUCCUUGAUGGUUUUAAUGAAGUUGUUCCCCUUCAGUGGCUACAGUACUUCGAUGAAAAGGAAUUGGAGGUUAUGCUGUGUGGCAUGCAGGAGGUUGACUUAGCAGAUUGGCAAAGAAAUACCGUUUAUCGACAUUAUACAAGAAACAGCAAACUUUGGUUUUGGCAGUUUGUGAAAGAGACAGACAAUGAGGUGAGAAUGCGACUAUUGCAGUUUGUCACUGGAACCUGCCGCUUACCUCUCGGAGGAUUUGCUGAGCUCAUGGGAAGUAACGGGCCUCAAAAAUUUUGUAUUGAAAAAGUUGGCAAAGACACGUGGUUACCAAGAAGCCACACAUGUUUUAAUCGCUUGGAUCUACCACCCUAUAAGAGUUACGAACAACUAAAGGAAAAACUUCUUUUUGCAAUAGAAGAGACAGAGGGAUUUGGACAAGAAUGAAUGUGGCUUCUUGUCUUGGAGGAGCGCUUGAAUUUAAAUACCCCAGCCAAGAAAAAUUGCGCAUAGUGUAUAUAAGCUGUUCAUUCUGUACAGUGAAUUGUCUUAACCUCUCAAAGCAUAAACGUUUUCCGUUCUUCCACAGAAUAUGCAAAAUAGUUCAUCGUUUUCUACUUUAUUUAUUGCUCCCUUGAAAUGACCAGGAAAAAGAUCAACCUUAAAUUUUGAAGCAAGAGACUUUAUUAAAAAUAAGUAUAUAUCUAUAAAAGCAUAUAUGAUAGUGGCUCUAGUUUUAUAGAGCUUCAGGUGUAUUAAACACGACAGCUGUUCAUUCACACAGAUCUGAAUUUGCUUUACCUUGUUUCUAUGAUCCAGGGGAAAUGUGCAAAUUGCUCCAUGUUCUUCUCCCUUAUGUAACAUCUCCAGAGGGUGUUUAGUUGCAUGGCUAUUGAGGAAGGUAUUAAGGGCUUAGGCCAAAUCUUGAGUGUGUUAAAAAAUGCUGCUGGCUUUUCUGAAGACAGGUACUUGAACCUGUCAGUUUGUUUUAAAUAAAUACAAUAGUGCAAAAUUUCCUUCUUUGCUAUAUCAGUAAUACAGUAAAAAUAAUGAGUGAAACUGUAACUUACAUGGAAGUCAUUGCUAGAUUUAAUAAAAUUUAGUUUGUUAUGGAGGUUGGAAAGAAUUCAUUGAACAGCGUAGAGAUUUGUUUACAUGUUACUUUGGGAUGAUAGUUACUUGUGAAAUUAAAAAGAAGUGGCUAUUCUGUUGUUAAAAUGUGAUUCUUUAAAUUUAAUUCACAAUAAAUUGAUACAGUUUGAUACUUAGGAACAUACAAAAGGUAAUGCAAAGUUUGCCACUUUUGUUCAUGUUCAAAGUUUUGGUUUUAUAAAACGAAAUAGAGUAAAUAAAACCAGAUGGAUUCAAAAGGGUUACAUAAACAUUUGAACACUUAAAUAGGAGACUAACGAUUUUCUAUUCAUGUUUGAGUAUCUUCAGUAUAAAUUCAUGAAAAUUCUGUGUAUCUGAAUAAGCAUAACCCUUUCUUUUACAUAGAUCAAUUUAUUUUUAUCCUAAUACUUUGUAUUUCAUUAUAAGGGCAUUUGUUGAACUACAAAGAUGUAUAUAACAAAUCAAAAUUUGAUGUGAAUGAUGUUAAUGCUGCUUUUAGCAAACUGGGCUUCCUAAUACAGAAAUUAUAAAUUUCCAGUUUUAAUCAUGCUUUCAAAUAUGCACUGUAAAUUUCAUUAACUUAAAAUUUUUUAUAACUGUGGAACUGACUUUUUAGAAUGUGUUACUUGUAAAUAUUCCACCGCUAAGUGCACAUGGAAAAUACUAGUAUACAAUUUAACUUCCAUAAACACUUGUUUUUGUUUU